AUGGGGAAGACUCCAAGUCCUGGUAAAUGGAUCAAGUCUCUACUUGGGAAGAAGUCAUCAAAAUCGAGUUUGGAGAAAGUAAGUGAGAAGCUGAGAUCUGCAAAGAAAGAAGAGCUUGUGAUUAAGGUGAAGGAUAAUAAUGUCUCAAACUUACCUACCAACGUCCCUCCGGUAGUUUCAUCACAAGAAGUUGCAGCUACACAAACUGUACUAGCCCCAGAUGUUGUAGUCCCUGAGCAGCAGCCAAGUAGAGACAUCGAAGGUGAUGAGCCAGUUGUGAAUCUUGAGUCAGGGAAUGGCACUGAAGAACUCAAACUUGAAGAAGCAGCUACAAAGGUCCAAGCUGCUGUCAGAUCUCAUCAGGCCCGUGAAGAAUUUCAAAAGCUUAAAGGUGUCAUAAAGCUGCAAGCAGUUAUCCGUGGUCACUUGGUUAGAAGACAAGCUGUUGCUACAUACUCUUGCAUUUGGGGAAUUGUGAAGUUGCAAGCUCUUGUUCGCGGGAAGAAAGCUAGAGCCGUAGAAACCAAGGUUCAACUUCAGAAAACAAAUACGGAAACUGGGACUUCUGAGACUUUACAAGUAACCACCACAUACAGUUGGCUUGAGAAUCCCACAAAGCUUUCCAUGAUUGAUAAGCUUCUAGUUUCCUCACCAAAGUUCUUGCCUCUGAAGAUUCAGUAUGGUCCUGAGGAUCCUAACGCAGCCAAGGUGUGGCUUGAGCGCUGGACACAGUUGCAGGUUUGGUCUCCUGGUCCACUGGUCGUUAAGAGUCUGGUUCCGAAAUCUCAGAAGAAGCGAAGCUUUCAAGCGGUUGGAGCGGACAAGGGAAAACUUAAAAGAGGAAUCAAGAAACCGUCCGGCGGUUUGAGUACUGGAACUAGCUCUAGUAGCCGUUCUGCAGCUGAUAACGAAAAGCCUAAGAGAACUGUGAGGAAGGCUUCCACGCUUGGUAAAGAGCUGAAUGACAAGUCGAAGCAGAGUUCGAGAAAAAGUACUAGCGCCAUAAAAGAAGAGUCUUCAUUGGAGGUUAAAGAUGAGAAGCCGAGAAUUAGUCUCAAAAAGGCUCCACUUUCUAAUGGGGUAGAGAAACCUACACGCAAAUCCGCUGAAAAGAAGAAAGAGAUUGUAGAUUCAGUGCAGAAAGAAUUGCCUGCUGACAAGGUUUCAGCUUCUGUAGUUGAUUCUCCUGAGGAAGAAGAAAAGGUGAAAGAUAGCCCUGAAACAGUUUCUAAAGAGACUGAUCUCGAGAAAGAUGAGAAAGCACUGGUUCUGGAUAACCCAGAGAAAGGUGAACUCAAAACCGCAGAGGGAAAUGACAAAGCUGAAGAAGAUAUCCAAGAGCCAGACGUUCUGAUUAUUAACUCUGAGAAUGGAAAUGCUGUGUCUGAAGACACAAAACCAAACGACAGACGAGCUUCGCUGCCUACAAAGAUUGAAAACCAUCAUCAAGACGAUGGGCUUAUUCAUAGCGGGAGAAAGAUCCCAAGCUACAUGGCUCCAACUGCGUCUGCAAAGGCAAGAGUAAGAGGAGGACAAGGGUCUCCGAGGAUUGGUGGUCAAGAGAAGCCAGAGAAAAACGGGACAACUAGGCGCCACUCUCUUCCUCAUAUAGUAGCCAAUGAUAAGCUGAGUGCAAUGUCUCCAAGAGCUCACAGACUUCUCAUUGCUUCAGCUAAAGGAUCGAUGAACAGUGACAGAUCUUUCUCGUCUUCCAAGGACAUUGGUGAUAAAUCGACAAAAGUUGAAUGGAAAAGAUGCUUUGUUUUCACAAACAAAUAG